CUGGUCGUAGAGGUCCGAUGCGUCACGUUUAUUUGGGCCUUCUGCAUCCCACUGGCAGGGAAGCGCCCGAUUUUUUCCCCUCCCUGCCUUAAAAACGUCCUGUAUAUAUUUAUUCCAAGCGUGGAUCUUCGGGAAAACAAGGUACCAAAGGAAAAACGCGACGCAAAGUAUGCAUUUGGAGACUACUCUUUGCCGUUUACUGGAGGAAAUUUCAGACACCUCCCCUUGGGAUUGGUAUUUAAUGUAAAAAUUCACCUUGUUUAACACACACACCAUGAACAAGUUUACCCAAAAGUCUUGAACCUCUCUACAAGACUGUUAGUUUCAUUUGUUACCUUUCCAAUGAACUGACCAUCACUUGUUGGAACAUUUUUGUGCAAUCAGGUCCCAAAGUGCUGAUCCCUGAAAGCUGAAUUUAUACAUGUACAGUGGAAGAAUGACAGAAGCAUGGCAACAGCAACAUGCAGUGGCCCCUCCUCCUGUUGGGCAUCCCCUUUUACAAGGGGCAGAGAAUGCUUUGGGCAGUGCUGCAUAUGGUAUUGUCCUACAGGCAGACCCUGCUUUACAGCAGCCACAGCUCAGCCAGCAUGCACAGCAGCACCCGUUGCCAGCUCAGCAGCCUCAGCUGCAGGUGGGAGGUGAAGGUGGCCACAAAUGCGGUGCGUGUGGCCAUGAUAUUUCGCACUUGGCCAAUCCACAUGAGCACCAGUGCAUGGUCAAUCAGGACCGUUCCUUCCAGUGCACCCAGUGCAUGAAGAUCUUCAACCAAGCAACGGAUCUUCUAGAGCAUCAGUGUGUCCAGGUUGAGCAGAAGCCAUUUGUGUGUGGUGUGUGCAAAAUGGGAUUCUCCCUUCUUACGUCUUUGGCACAACAUCAUAAUGAGCACACCACUGGAAACAAUCCAAUGAAGUGCUCUAUUUGUGAAAAAACAUACCGCCCAGACUCCUCUUCUAACCCUCAGCAGCCCUCUACUGCUGAGACGUCCAGUGAUGGGGCAGCCAUGGGUUCCUCUUCCUCUACAGCUUUCCAGGACUCUGACCGUCCAUAUAAGUGCUCUGUGUGCAAUAAGGCAUUUCGUCACCUUUCGGAACUCUCACGUCAUGAAAGAGUGCACACGGGCGAGAAACCCUACAAGUGUGACACUUGUGAGAAGAGUUUUAGUCAGGCUUCUCAUCUGGCGCACCACCAGCGCACUCACAGUGCUGAUCGCCCGUAUAAAUGUGCCGUUUGCGAGAAGACCUUCAAGCACAGGCAGCACCUGGUACGGCACAUGUACGCUCACUCUGGUGAGCACCUUUUCAAGUGUAACCUCUGCGAGCUUCAUUUCAAGGAGUCGUCCGAACUGCUGCACCACCAGUGCCAGCCAGCUGGAGAGCGACCCUUCCGCUGCACAGCAUGCGGGAAAAGCUUCAAGCGGCCCUCAGACCUGAGGCAGCACGAGCGCACCCACUCCGAAGAGCGGCCUUUCCAGUGUGAGGACUGUCAGAUGAGUUUUAAGCAGCAGUACGCACUUGUUCGCCACCGCCGUACGCACAAAAACCCGGCAGAUCGCCCUUUCAAGUGCAAUCAGUGUGACAAAGGUUUCCUGCAGCCUUCCCACCUACUCUACCACCAGCAUGUCCACGGCAUCGAGAGUCUGUUCAAAUGUGCCGCUUGUCAAAAGGGCUUCAGACAAUCCGGGGAACUUCUCAGGCACAAGUGUACAGAAUCGAACUCCGGAUCGAAUGCCGUGGAGAAGCCGUACAAGUGCGACGUGUGUGGGAAGGGCUACAAAAAGUCGUCAACGUUACAGAGGCACCAGAACUCCCAUUGCACCGAAAAGCCGCUGAAGUGCUCGCUCUGCGGCCGCCGCUUCCAGUCCUCGUCUGAUUUUGUGCAGCACCGAUGCGACCCUGCUCGGGAGAAGCCGAUGAAAUGCGCGGACUGCGAGAGGCGCUUUAAAUACUCAUCCGAGUUGCAGAGACAUCGAAGAGUCCAUACAGGAGAGAAACCCUUCAAGUGUCCCACCUGUGACAAGGGAUUCAAACAGCGGGAACACUUGGCUAAACAUGGAAUUGUCCACUCCCGUGAAGCCCAGUUCAAGUGUGUCUGGUGUGGAGAGUGUUUUGGAGAGCUUGGAGCCCUUCAAGAACAUACAGUUCAACACACUGCAGAAGGAGGGGGCUAUCCUGCGUCCUCGUGCAUAGAGUAGUUACAGUCUUACCAAGCGAAAAUGUACUCUGCUUGCUUUAGCAACAUUGCAAUUUACUUGCAUAUAUUAAGUGAAAUUGUGCAUUUUAUACAUCCCACAAGCAUUGCAGUACUUGUUGGACUGGUAAGGAACUACAUAAAGUGUCAGCUUGUAGAAGUCUCAGUGUACCUCUGGGUAGAUAUUGGCAACAUUGGGUUUACUCCACAGACAGAAACUUGCCUCAGUUCUGUACCAGACACACAGACGAACAUAACCACACGUAAAUGGUUGCUACACAAUAAUAAGCUUGUAAAAAGGAACAAUUUUGUUCCAUGUGCAACUCUAUAUGCUUAAGACUGGUGUUUCCAACAAAGGAAAAGCUGAUCAGUUUUUAAAAGAACUAAAUAUUUAGUUUGAAUUCUGCUUUAUAUCUAAAUUCAGUCUAUCUAAAACAAGAAGUAAAUGCAGUAGUACAGCUACCAGUAACAGCUUUUCCAGAAUGACAUAAAUUGGUAUGCAAGAUGUUAACAACCUGGGUCUGCUUUUUGGUCUUCAUACGAUUGACCACAACUAGAUGUUUCAUUGCAUGGAUUUUGUUUAUUAUUAUUAUUAUUAUUAUUAUUAUUUUAUAAUUAUUUGGCCUUGUAACUUUUAAAUUAACUGCCUUCCUGUAUCUCCAUCUCAUGCUUCCAUGUUAGCUAUGGAACUUGAACACUGUAUGGCCAUCUGGACAAUAUACAGUAGUGAUUGUAUGUAUUCGUAAUGUAUAACUCCCAUCACCUAACCCAUACUGUAACAGGGUACAUGUAUGCAUGAAUAGCCUAAAUAAUUUAUUUAGUUGGUUGUAAUCUGUCAUUAGUGCAAACUGCGAUGUUAACUUCUAGGCAAAGGACUACAAGAGAAAAAAAAUUAUAUAUAUAUAUAUAUAUAUAUAUAUAUAUAUAUAUAUAUAUAUAUAUAUAUAUAUAUAUAUAUUAGCCAUUCUUUUUCUCUAGAGAAUUUUGACUGAUCUCUAACAAUGGGGCAAUAGUUUGCAAGCAGUUCCAAGAGUGAAUUUACAGUAGUACAACGAUUUACGGUUCUAUUUUAACUGCCAGGCAACAGAACAACAGUGAAGUAUUUUUGUUUGAAAAUUGCAAAAAGGUGCUGUUGCGUUAGCUAAACAACGCUGUAGAAUUUGUUAGUUAUCUGUACAUGGAUGUUUUGUAUCGCUUCAACAUAAGUACAGUUCUAGGAUUUAGUAUCUGUUUGUGUAUCAUCAUCAUACUGUAGACUGUGCAUGUGAUUGUUUCCUCUUGUGAGGAUAUGUUGGUUCUGUUUUGGUGGAUUAUUAUUUUGCCAUAGACUACUUGUUCAGUUUCUUGGCCACAGAUUCUUUCUUUGCUUUCUGUUUUAGAAACAAAAUGCCAUGAAUCAUUUGGUAGUUCAUUUUGUGCUUUCCUAAUUGGAUCCAUUAACAGUAGAACCUUCAUUUUGGGUUAAAAUACUGAACCACAGGAAGAUGUGCAAAUUGCACAGCUGCUUUUGUAAUUAUAAAAAAACAAACAUUUUAAACAAAUUCAAGAGUACAAUAACGUGAUAUGUUUAAAAGAACAUAAAAACACAGUAUUAAAUAGUAAACCUCUUAAAAUGAAGUGUAUAAAUCUCUAAGCAUAUUAAUUGAAUCCAUAUUAAUUAUACAUUCUAUGUUCCUAACAGCUUGAAUGUAAAUUUGUAAACAUUUCUUUGCCCCUUUCGAUGCAAAUGUAAGCCUUUGUAACAUUAAUGGCUUAUGUGUCAGUAUUGUUUGUUCUGUUACAGAUUUGUGUACUCCUAUUUUCAUGUGCAUUAAAUGCAGGGACUGAAUGGUGUCGUUGCUUGUGAAGCAAUAUUUUUGAUGUCGAGUCUAUUAGCGGGUUGAAUAAAUACGUUUUUUUUUCCAGCAAAAAUAGAGGUUAUCUCACCAUCUAGCGUUUCCUCCUGUAUGUCACCCAAUCCAGUCCUUUAAAUGUCUUUGUUUCUAGAUAAGGUAGUGAAGAAACUCAAAUUGUAAAUAUGCCGUUUGUGUGUUUCUUCCAUUCUCACAAAGGUGUGGCAUGUCAUAACUACAAGGCAUUUUAAAAUUAAAUGUUUGUAAACA